AUGGUUUUGGUAGCCUGGGCUGUAAAUAUCUGUGAAAACUUUCUUCGGGUAGCCGAUUUAGUUCUUUCCUGGAAUUUCGAGAUUCAUCGUUUUCCGAUUCGAAUCACUUUUGCAAAUGAAGGAGCACCCUGUGCAGCAUUGCGACCUCCUGAAUCAUGGAAACCAAUCUUUCAGUCGGACGAAUUUUUGCAUCUUUUCUUUGGGUUACACAAACGAGUUCGUCACAAUGAAACACUUUGUAUAUACUCAUUGAAUUGCCUUAUUCAGUUAUCUUCGUUGAUGGGACCUGUUCUAACUGAUGAUCAAUCAAUUACUACCCAAGAAUUGUCUUCAUCCAGUACUUCAAGCUUCGUUAAUGCUCAUGAUCGAUAUGUUUCAAAUUUCAUUGCUGGUUUUUUAGACAUUUUUGAAAGCGGCCCUUUGGAAAGAGAGAUACCUGGCUUCUGCAUAAUUAUACAUAAAUUACUGACAUACCAUCGAAUUCUUUCGUUUCCCCGAGCCGAAAUGUCGUUUGUAACAUUUCUAACCAUUUUCGUACAAUGUGCUGAACAUCUGACCCCGAUUGCUAUGCAGAAAGCUUUGGAAGAAGAUGAUCACGUCUACCUUGAAAGUUUACAAAACUUGUACGACGGUUGGUGGGUGAUACUUCGAAAUUGCGGUAUUAUUGGGGAUGCUUGCCAUUAUCCCAUUGAUUUUGACGAAUUAACUAUAAAGAUUAUUUCGGCAUUUAUGAGAAACAUUUUGUCAGAACCGCACGGUUGUCGCAUAAAGGUUCCAAUACAAGAAUGUGAUGAAGAAAUUGAUGAUGAUCGUGAAAUUUUCAAGGAAUUGUUAAGCUCAAUUGGACGUUUUUCUGCCUUUUAUUCCGCUCAGAUAUUACCACGAAUAUUUACAGUUUUAUUUGACAAAGUGAAGCAGUUUUUGUCCUACAUCGAAAUAGGCGUAAACGAUGAAACAUUGAACGUAUGGCGAGAAGAUAUGCAUUGGACUCUACUGCUAACUGGUUUUAUAUUAACAACGAGUGAUGAUGAUGGUGUUUCACACUUCCAAAACGAUAUUUUGGAUUAUUAUCAAAGUGCGUCACGUAAUGAAGUUAUGGAUGUCGAUUCUUCUAUAUCAUAUAUUAAAGCUUGCAUUGAUUCACCAAAUACAAUUACUGGUCCUGCACGAGUAGAUCCUCUAAUAAACAUAAUAAGUGCCGUUUUGUCUUGGUGUUCCAUCGAGCAUAAGCUAUUGGUGGAUCAUGGUGCAGAAGCAAUAAGCCCGGAACUAGCACGUUCUUCAGUAUGGUGUUUGGGACGUUUGAUAUGCGCCAUGGGUUUUCACACUAUAAAUCCUGAGGAUAGUGAGCGAUUGGCAGCUAUAACAAAAAGCAUUUUGCAAACUGUGGUCGAUUUUGCGUUGCAGAAAUGUUUCAGCAUAUUAAAUAAUUUGUCAGGGGAACGCAAGCUGUGUUUUGAUGCUGUGGAAGUGUUUACUGGUUUGGUAACUUCUGCGUGCAAUGAAACAGCAAAAAGUCCUUUUCUUUUUCCAUGUGUUUCAACAGUACAAAUUGAACGAUUACCAGCUCGUCAUUCCUUUGUGAAGGUAUUAGUGGAACUUGGAGGUAUGGUCGAUGAUGAAAAUAUAAAAAAAACAUUGUAUGAAAUGGUUUUGCAACCACUUCGUGAAAAAUUUAUGUUUUUAUCUGAAGAACAAACAAGCUUAGAAACGGAUCUCGUUGACUUAUUGGAUUGUUUGGGCGGGCUGGCUGAAGCUGCUCAUAGUCAUAAUACCCAUUUCUUAUUUGAAUAUUUAUCACCAAUUCUGACAUGUUCAGUUCGUUUACUGUUAUUACACAAAGAAUCUCAGCUUAUUACCAAUGCGGUUCUGAAUCUGUUCAAUAAUAUUACAAAACGUAUGGGUGUCUGUAGUGAGGAUGGUAAUGAUAUGAAUUCACUUUAUGAGACACUGCUAGAACUUAUUGCAAUUUAUCGGAGUGGACAGUUUACAAGAUAUAAGGUGAUUGAUGUUGAUGUCGAAGAUAAGGCAACCGAUUUGAUUAUAUUGUUAGAUAUUCUUGCUAAUGUUUUGAGCAAGGAUUUUCUCUCGAUCAAUCCUUCAUCUUCAUCCGAUACAGCGGAGUUUCCAAAAAGCGAUUCUCGCGUUGCACUGAUUGCCUUGGAGAUGUUACUACCUGUAAUGGAAGAUGAUUUGCUCAAAAUACCUUCAUUAUGCCGGAAAUUUUAUCGCUUAAUCUUAUAUUUUACUGAAAUGACACCACAAUCUCUUGAAAGUUUGCCAGAGGAAUUGUUUAUUUCAAUCAUUGAAUGUCUUCGUCAUGGCUUGAAAUCAGAUUUCGGGCCGGAGAUUUCGUUAGUUUCUGCUGAAACAGUAACCGAAAUGGCCUCAUAUUUUGCUCGACAUACACCAAGAAAUGAAACAGCUAUUGCACGUCUUGCUGUACUUCUUGAACCAACAUUUUGGAUGUGUCUAAGUUGCUCCUGGCAAGUAGAUUUGCACAGUGCUUCCUCAGCAGCUCUCUUCUCCUUGAUUUGUUGCAAUCAGGUUGCUUUCGAAGAAUACGUUAAACAAUUGCUUUCUCGUAAUGAAAAUCGCCCAUAUUAUUUGCCUCUACAGUUAGCAUUUCAAGCUUUAGUACCAGCUAAUAUAAAGCUUCAUCUAGAUCGGAGUGAGAAGCGUGAUUUUCGUGAUCGUUUAGAGCAAUUCCUGAAUCAAUCGCAGGGUUUGCUCAUUAUUGAAUAA